CAGGCAGCGAAGCAAGGCGAGGGAGCGAGCGGGUGGGUGGGGAAAGCGAAGUAUCUCUCCCUGGCGAACGCGAGGCGAGGCGGAAUCCCACAAUACCAGGCGGGUUGGUGAGCUUGUGUAGCUCCCGCUGUCUCUUUAAUGCCAGAGGAAGCGAUGCGGAGGGGUGGAAAAUGGCAGAGCUGCAGAUGUUACUAGAAGAGGAAAUCCCUUCUGGCAAGCGGGCUUUGCUCGAGAGCUACCAGAACCUCACCAGGGUAGCCGACUACUGCGAGAGCAACUACAUCCAGGCUCCAGACAAAAGGAAAGCAUUAGAAGAGACCAAAGCAUAUACAACUCAAUCUUUAGCCAGUGUUGCUUAUCAGAUCAAUGCAUUGGCCAACAAUGUGCUCCAGCUACUGGAUAUCCAAGCAUCCCAGCUCCGGAGAAUGGAGUCCUCAAUCAAUCAUAUUUCCCAGACCGUGGACAUACAUAAAGAGAAAGUGGCCCGCAGAGAGAUCGGCAUUUUGACAACCAAUAAGAAUACAUCCAGGACUCACAAAAUCAUUGCUCCAGCAAACAUGGAGCGUCCUGUAAGGUAUAUCCGAAAGCCUAUAGACUACACAGUGUUGGAUGAUGUGGGCCAUGGAGUAAAGUGGCUAAAAGCCAAGCAUGGAAACAAUCAGCCUGCAAGAACUGGCACUUUGUCAAGAACAAAUCCGCCUACACAAAAACCACCAAGUCCUCCCAUGUCAGGCCGGGGAACUCUGGGACGGAAUACUCCCUAUAAGACCCUGGAGCCUGUUAAGCCACCAACGGUCCCUAAUGAUUAUAUGACCAGUCCUGCAAGACUUGGAAGUCAACACAGUCCUGGAAGAACAGCAUCUUUGAACCAGAGGCCCAGAACACACAGUGGUAGCAGUGGAGGAAGCGGCAGUCGAGAAAACAGCGGAAGCAGCAGUAUUGGCAUUCCCAUUGCCGUGCCUACGCCUUCACCACCAACUAUUGGUCAAGCUGUUCCUGGGUCAGCUCCUGGUUCUCAGUAUGGCACAAUGACCAGGCAGAUUUCCCGACACAACUCGACCACUUCUUCAGCUUCUUCUGGUGGAUUUAGGCGGAACCCUUCUGUGACCGCUCCAUUUUCUGCUCAACCUCAUGUUAAUGGCGGACCUCUCUAUUCUCAAAACUCAAUUUCAAUUGCUCCCCCGCCUCCCCCUAUGCCUCAGUUGACUCCACAGAUACCUCUCACAGGCUUCGUGGCCAGGGUGCAGGAAAACAUUGCCGACAGUCCAACUCCGCCACCGCCACCUCCUCCUGAUGAGAUGCCAAUGUUUGACGACUCUCCACCACCACCACCUCCACCACCAGUGGAUUAUGAAGAUGAGGAGGCUGCGGUAGUGCAGUACAAUGACCCGUAUGCAGACGGUGACCCAGACUGGGCACCGAAAAACUGUAUUGAGAAAGUUGUUGCCAUAUAUGAUUACACGAAGGACAAGGAUGAUGAGCUGUCGUUCAUGGAGGGUGCAAUCAUUUAUGUUAUAAAGAAGAACGACGACGGCUGGUAUGAAGGUGUUUGCAACCGAGUGACUGGCCUGUUUCCCGGAAACUAUGUUGAAUCAAUCAUGCACUAUGCGGAUUAAGUCCUUUCUUCAGGUCAGGUCUUGUAUUCAAUCAUGCCAUAAUUAUUUACAAAGGGUAACAAAAGUUUAACACUUGUCUUAAUACUCUUUACAAAUGUGCCCAUCUUUUCAGAGCAUACUGUUUAAAUGGUAUGAUUGAAUGUUCAUCUGUAUGCAUUUGUCUCUGCAGAGUUUGUAAAAUGAGCAACUGUUUAUUACUGAUUAUGCUUAUUUACUUAUGCAUUGUUGAUUUUUUUAUGACCAGCCUAAAUAUUCUGGGAAGUAGGGUAUAUAAUAUUUAAUGACUCAUGAUUCAAAUUGUGCCAUUACUUUUUUCAGUGCAGCAUGGUAAACUAACAACUGUUAGACUAACAUUAAAUCUGGUUGAAAAUUUCAAUAGUGCUGGUCAUUUAUCUUUGUUUAGACUCUUGCUCAUCCUCAAAAUAUAGUAUUUGUUUAAAAGCAUGCAUACAAACUUAUGUAUUGAAUUAUACUUUUUUCCAAAAAAUCCAAGAUGCUUCCAAUUUGUUGUAAUCUUUUACUUGGAGUACUCUUUCACUAAAAGUCUAUUCCAAUGAGUCAUUUGAGUCUCUGAGGUGUCCAUGUGAAUCAAAGAUGGGUGGUCUUAUGAUGUGUAUGUAAUUUGUACCUGAGUUUUUUAUGAGUAAAUUUGCAUUGACUUUUCCAUUCAUAAAUACAUAAGUGAACCAAA